AUGGGUAAAAGUCAUGGUUUAAGAUCUAGAACUCGUUACGCAUUCAGUCGUGACUUCAAGAAGCAUGGUGCUCCAAACAUGUCUACUUACUUAAAGACCUACAAGGUUGGUGACAUUGUUGACAUCAAGGUUAACGGUGCUAUCCACGACGGUAUGCCAUUCAAGUUCUACCACGGUAAGACCGGUAUUGUUUUCAACGUUACCAAGUCUGCUGUCGGUGUCAUUGUCAACAAGGUUGUUGGUCACAGAUACAUUGAAAAGAGACUUAACAUCAAGAUUGAACACGUUAAGCACUCCAAAUGUAGACAAGAAUUCUUAAACAGAGUUAAGGAAAACUCUGCAAAGAGAGCAGCAGCAAAGGAAUCCGGUGAAAAGGUUCAAUUAAAGAGACAACCAGCAGGUCCAAGAUCUUCUAGAGUUGUUACUGGUGUCCCAACCACCUUAGCUCCAGUUGCUUAUGAAACCUACAUUUAA